CGCAGGGCUCCCCGCUCCUCCAGCCUCCACCAAACCGCAGCCAGGGGUGGAACCGGAGUUAACACAGCCGCAGGUUUAAAUGCUUAUUUGACUACUUGUCUACUGAAUACAAAAUGAAUAAUUCAACAAACUCCUCCAAUAAUAGCCUGGCCAUUACCAGUCCUUAUAAGACAUUUGAAGUGGUAUUUAUUGUCCUUGUGGCUGGAUCCCUCAGUUUGGUGACUAUUAUUGGGAACAUCCUGGUCAUGGUUUCCAUUAAAGUUAACCGCCACCUGCAGACCGUCAACAAUUACUUUUUGUUCAGCCUGGCCUGUGCUGACCUCAUCAUAGGUGUUUUCUCCAUGAACCUGUACACCCUCUACACUGUGAUUGGCUACUGGCCUCUGGGACCUGUGGUGUGUGACCUUUGGUUAGCAUUGGACUAUGUGGUCAGCAAUGCCUCAGUCAUGAACCUGCUCAUCAUCAGUUUUGACAGGUACUUCUGUGUCACAAAACCUUUGACCUACCCAGUUAAGCGGACCACAAAAAUGGCAGGAAUGAUGAUUGCUGCUGCCUGGGUCCUGUCCUUCAUCCUCUGGGCUCCAGCUAUCCUCUUCUGGCAGUUCAUCGUAGGGGUGAGAACUGUGGAGGAUGGAGAAUGCUACAUCCAGUUCUUUUCCAAUGCUGCCGUCACCUUUGGCACUGCCAUCGCAGCCUUCUACUUGCCAGUAAUCAUCAUGACUGUGCUGUAUUGGCAUAUAUCCCGAGCCAGCAAGAGCAGAAUAAAGAAGGAGAAGAAGGAGCCCGUGGCCAACCAAGACCCAGUGUCUCCAAGUCUGGUGCAAGGAAGAAUAGUGAAGCCAAACAACAACGACAUGCCCGGCAGCGACGGUGCCCUGGAGCACAACAAAAUCCAGAACGGCAAGGCCCCCAGAGGUGCUGUGACUGAAAACUGUGUCCAGGGGGAGGAGAAGGAGAGCUCCAAUGACUCCACCUCAGUCAGUGCCGUCGCCUCCAAUAUGAGAGAUGAUGAAAUAACCCAGGAUGAGAACACAGUAUCCACUUCCCUGGGCCAUUCUAAAGAUGAGAACUCUAAGCAAACGUGCAUCAAAAUCGUCACCAAGACGCAAAAAGGGGACUUAUGCACCCCGAGUCAUACCACUGUGGAGCUAGUUGGGUCUUCGGGUCAGAACGGAGAUGAAAAACAGAACAUCGUGGCCCGCAAGAUUGUGAAGAUGACUAAGCAACCUGCAAAAAAGAAGCCUCCUCCCUCCCGGGAAAAGAAAGUGACCAGGACAAUCUUGGCUAUUCUGCUGGCUUUCAUCAUCACCUGGGCCCCGUACAAUGUCAUGGUGCUCAUUAACACCUUCUGCGCACCCUGCAUUCCUAACACGGUGUGGACAAUUGGUUACUGGCUCUGUUACAUCAACAGCACUAUCAACCCUGCCUGCUAUGCACUUUGCAACGCCACCUUCAAGAAGACCUUUAAACACCUCCUCAUGUGUCAUUACAAGAACAUAGGCGCGACGAGGUAAAACAGUCUUACAAAGAAAGGCUGCCAAAGGGAGCUUGAGAAGAAUAUAAAAGAUGAACGAGCUCCCAGGUUUAAUAUCUCUGCCAUUGCACUUUAUAGUCUCAUUAUGGAAUGUGCAAUUAAGGAGCUGAACUGUGCCACUCCACUCCUGCCCAUCAAAAAUCUUGUACCUUAUAAACCCAAUCAGUUAGGAGCAAUGGGACAACGAGACAUGACGGCAUCACUGAUUUAAGGGGCAAUCUCCACUGUCUCCUACUUUCCUGCGAAGGGCUUCUGAAUCUACAUUUUACCAGUCUCUGCACAAGAAUAACGUCUAUCUCUUUGUUUCUCUUCGUUGUUGUUCUCAUGGGUCUGCUGGAGGGUGAAACACCCGUCACAGGCUGACGCGGAGACUUGAACAUAAAGAGUGGACACCACACAAAGGAGAUGUGAGGAAAGCAGUCAAAAGGGUGCAGAUGUGGUCUCCAGGGUAUUGUGUCUUCUGUUCCUAUUGUGUGAUAUGAUUUGCAGGAUUGUAAUGUAAUUGAUGCUUGUUUUGUCACCAUUUUCUUUUCCUCCCAUAAAAAGCAACCAAACAAACACAGACUCCAAGCAGGGCUCACCAUUUUUUCCCUCAGUACAGCAUUACAUUUGUGCUUGUGUGUUCUGCAUUGUGUGUCAGUAACAUCUGCAGAAUUUUCAGUAAAUCCAACUAAAACCUGCUACAUGAAUGGGCACUUCAGCCAUUCCCAGCGCGACCUUGGUAUUCUUGGGGGUUAUAAAUACCUAUAAGCAUUUAGAUCACCUAUGACAUUUUCUAUAAAAGUUUUUCACCGAUAUGUUCUGUUUCCUCAGCCAGCCAUUGUUUUGACAGAAUAAGUCUACUUAAAACAUCAAUGUGCUUGAGAAUCAAAAGCAUUCCAAAAUUAAUUUCAUCAAUUAAAAAAAAAUGUUCAAUCUAGCGGGAGCGAGUUCACUGGGGCCAAGUGGAUUUUGAAAUGAGAAAAUAGAUGGUGAAAAGGGCAUUGCGCUUGACCGGGCACCUCCCUGACCCGUGUAUGAAAUGUUAACUUGUAUAACACGAACUCCUGACUUUGCCAGCAGGAAGAAGAUGCUGCUUUAUCCAUUUUGAAUCCUAAACAAGAUUAGAUGACUGGGGCAGUCCCAAGAGACUAAGACCUUCUGUUCGAAGCCUGCUAAUGGAUGAUAUUUCAAUUAUUAGCAAGGAUGACUAUACUUUUUCUACGAUGUAGUGAAAGGGGAAAUUGUAUUUGGUGAAAAUAUUUGGUGAAACUAUACAGUCCAUGUUCCUCAAAUUGUCAGUUCUCUUUAAGAUCAUCUACCUUCAAAAUUCUUCAAUCUGUAGCAUCUUAGUAAACUUUGUGAUCGAAACCUAGUGGCUACAGAUGCCAAACAAGCUCACAGGCUAUGAUAGAAAAAUAUAGGUGGCCCUUCUUACAUCCUUUCUCUCCAUCUAAUUCUAAGCCAUGAAAAAGCCAUGUCAGAAACUACUAUUCAAGUGAUACAAUUAUAUAAAAUAUUGUCCGUGUUGAGACUUUUCAUUUGACAGUUGAAAUAAAUACAGGAUUUGAUUGAU